AUGGGCGCAUCUGGAUCUAAGCCCGUAGUCGCCGCUGCUGUCGGCGCACACGACGAGAAGCAGGCUACUCUCGAGCGAGUCGCAGCUUCCUUAUCAUCUCUACACUUGCGCCCCGUCGCCUCUGCAGACGGCUCUCUGUCUUUGGCCAACGUAGAAUUCUGGGAGGACACCAUCACCGCUGACCCCAAGCUCCAGCUCACCCGCACGAUCCUCCCCCAGAACGACCUCCGAUCCACCUUCAUCUCCCGCCCUGCUAAGAUCGCGGACGCCCAUGUCUUCAAUACUCAGCUCGACUUCGAAACUGGACCAAUCACCAACCAGAAGUCGUCUGGCCGCUGCUGGCUUUUCGCCGCGACUAACGUCCUGCGAUACAACGUCAUGAAGAAGCUCAACCUCGAGGACUUCCAGCUCUCCCAGUCGUACCUGUUCUUCUGGGACAAGCUGAACAAGUGCAAUUACUACCUCGAGCUCUCCAUUCAGCAUGCAGAUCUCCCGAUUGACGACCGCAUCGUGUUCCACACCGCACAAGAUCUCAUCAGCGACGGAGGUCAGUGGGACAUGAUAGUCAACCUCCUUGAGGGAUACGGUGUCGUCCCGCAAGCGGCAUACCCCGAGUCUCUCCACUCCUCGCUCUCCAGUCCGCUCAACGGGAUCUUGAAGCGCAAGCUCCGUGAGCACGCGCUCGUCCUGCGCUCGCUUGCGGCAUCCUUGCGCGCGGCCGCUCAGUCAGAGCCCCUGUCUGAGGAAUCAAUUCUGCGCUCGCUCCGGGCUAAGAAGGAGGACCUCUUGAAGGACGUGUACACGAUUAUGACCGCGACGCUUGGCGUGCCCCCAAAGCCGACAGAGCAGUUCUCGUGGGACUACUACGACAAGGACGGCAAGGUGGGCCACUGGGAGGGCACCCCACUCGAAUUUUGCAAGACGUUCGCAACCAACAAGUUUUUGCCAACCGACUCGUUCUCGCUUAUUCACGACCCGCGCAAUGAAUUUGGAAAGCUCUAUUCGGUCGACAAGCUCGGCAAUGUGUGGGGCGGACGCGACGUGCUCUACGUGAAUACGGAGAUCGACAACCUCAAGGACGCGGUUGUGAAGAUGAUCAAGGCCGGCCAACCCGUCUUUUUCGGAUGCGACGUAGGCCAGUUUUCUGAUCGCGAGGCUGGCGUCAUGGAUACCAAGCUCUUUGAGUACGAGAACGCCUUCAGCAUCAAAUUCGGGCUCACCAAAGCUGACCGCCUCCGCACGUCUGAGUCUGCGAUGACACACGCGAUGGUUAUUUCGGCCGUGCACCUCGACGCGGCGGGCAAGCCCGUGCGCUACAAGGUCGAGAACUCAUGGGGCGAUGCCCCAGGCAACAAGGGCUACUACCUCAUGACCGAUGAGUGGUUCGAGCAGUUCGUAUAUCAAGUUGUUGUGCCCAAGGCACUUGCGCCCAAGAACCUCGUCCAGGUGUUUGAGAAGGGGGAGAAGACGAUGUUACCCUUGUGGGACCCCAUGGGUGCCCUAGCGUAA